AUGACUCCAAAUCAUAUUUUAAUGAAUAUCGAUAGCGCUUUUUUUUACGCACCGAAUCUCUCUUACGCCUACGCUAUUCCUGCGCCGUCCCACGAAAAGAUUUUCCAGGUGCAAAUUCCAACGUACCAAUUGAUUGCUCAUCCAUCUAUCGUACUCCCAAUGACCGAUAACGAAAUAAUGUCUUCGUCCCUUCACAAUUCGAAUGAUGAAAUGUCGGAUCAAAAAUUAACGCUUCAAUGGUUGGAUACAAAUGCUGGGAAUGAUUCUCUGACAAAUCCUGCGAUGCAACAGCUUCGAUCUCCGCUUGGUUCUUUUAUGAUAGGCGAAUCUCUCUUCGAGCCUAACGAUGUAAUGUUGAGUAGUCCAACGGAUGAAAAAGUUUCUCCUUCUGCUUUAGACUCUCCAGUUAACAGCAAUAUUGGGGACAAUUUUAACGACAAUGCUAUGUUGGAUGGAACUUUAAAUUCUCCUUUGGAUUUCUUUAGUGAUCAAGAUUUUGCCGCUUUGGCUGAAGCAAGCUCUUUGGCUUUGUCUUCUAUGCAUCAAAUUCAAUCUCGUAGAAAAUCCUUGCAAGAUAUCUCAGUGGGAAAUUUUGUCAAGAUUGAACCAAAUGAAGAAAAUAAUGGUAUGAUCAAAGAUAUACAAAUGACACAAAUUUUAUCAAGCGGUGAUACUUCGCGACACGACUCGGAAAAUUCUCCUGUAGAGACUACUUCGUCUCAUACUAGUCCAUUUUCUACCGCUCCAUCUUCUCCUCACCAGCCAGUCUUAACAACUAAUAUAGGCGUCUCACCUGAAGUUGUCAACCCACUUCAAGCGCCCCUCAAAUCAAAAUCUAUUAAAAAGCAUACGAGCACUAAACCACCACGUAAUGUUGAGUGUUAUAAUUGUGGUGUGAAUAAAACUCCGCUUUGGCGUCGCACUCCCGAUAGAAUGCAUUCAUUAUGCAAUGCUUGCGGAUUGUAUUAUAAACAAUAUAAUACUCAUAGACCAUUACAUGUCAGAAAUAAGCCAAGUAACAAUAAUGCUCCUUAUACACUCCCCGCAUCACGAAAAAAUACUGUUGCUAAUAUCUCUUCAGAAUCUUUGUCUUCUCAACAACCGUUACAAGUUUCUCAGCAUUCAAAGAUUCAACGUCGUCGUAGAGAUUGGGGUGCUGCUAAUGGUAACCCUAAUGGUUCUUUUGAUAGCUCGGGAUCGGAGGUUUCUUGCGACUCUAAUCCACAAAGCCCAACUUCUCAUCAACACUCACUCACCACAAUUCAAACUCUCUUGCCAAGUCAUCGUUCCAUUAUCCCUCUAAUGAUUCCCCAUUCACAAAUUAUACCUUCUCCAGUUAUGGUAAAUCCUCCUAUUCAACAAACUUACACCGCAACUCCUUGUAUCCCUCAACCAU